AUGGGUGCCCUCAGCCGCCUUCUCCCUGUGGUCCUGGUGAUCCUGUUGGUUGUCGCCCUUGCCGCCAUCGGUCUAGUGAUUUACAGCAUCGCCAUGGAUGUGAAAGAUAACACCAAGAAGAAGAUGGAGAAGAAGAACGUUGCAUUUUCAAGAGAGGGCGCCAAGGUUGGUGUCAAGGAAAUGCAGGCGGAGGAGUACCAGGACAGAACACAAAGGUAUUUCCCCGACAGGAGCCAUUCUUCUUCUCUUUGA